AUUAUCGUCGAAGUCGACGAGUCGCUUCCAAGCUUCAGGGUGUUGCUUGGGCUACACAAAUGGUCUGAGUUCUUGAAAAACUCCAAGGGCCACGAAGAGACAGUGUCCGGGGUAUACUACUGUACAUACGGAUCAGACCGUGACGUGCAAAAGAACGGAUGGCUGCGCAUCGACGUGGAGGACGGGUGGUUCCUGAAACCUACGAAAGCGUGCGUCUGCCCUGAAGAGUAA